UAUUCGCUGAGUCCGCGUCGACUCGCGUGGCUAGCUGUCUUGUUCUAACUAACGGGUUACUUGGCAUGUCAAGAUAGUGUUGCCUGCAGCUGAGCGGAGUGUUCAGGACCAAGAAAGGAGAAGGUCAGACUGAGAGCAGAUUGUCCUUUCUCGCUUCCAGUUGAGCACGUGUACCAGCUGAGGGACGGAUCAGCUAAGGCCCCAGUUGUCUUUUCGCCUUGUCGUUUUUGCUGCUGUUGCUGGACGCGUUGCUGAGCAUUGUCUUUGAGAGUACAGCUCAGUGCAGCCAGCAAGCCACGUUCGAGGCACGUCGUUCACGUGUAGUGCCGUAACUGUUGUUGAAAAGAACGCCGAAAUCAGUUGGCGAACUGUCUUCGAGGUCAUAAUAGGUUCACCACCUUCGUCGGCACCUUGAAAAGACCCAGGCUGCCUGGGUGUGUUCUGUUAUGUGCUCUAUUGCAGUGAGUGAAAAGACCACCAGUUGUUCACGCUUUGUGCCCCUUACUCUGUUGAAAGUGAUAACUGAGUACUCGUUUCGGCCGUUGAUCGACCAUUUGGGACCAUCCAUCGAUUCCUAUCUAGUACUACUGGUUCUAGUUAUUGAUUCGCAGAGUUCAGUUAUUGGUUGAGCAAAUAAGACCUACCGCGCAACAGCCUGGCGCACACACAUCUUCACUGGCCGUAUCCACGAACCGAUCGCAGGCUUUUAUUGGCAGCAGCAGUUGUGCACUGUGUGAGCUUGAGAGCGCGUGCCCUCCUCAGACUCUCUCGACUCCAGUCUCCACUCUCCAGUCCAGUGCCCUCGUGCCUCUUGUACAUUUUUGGUACUUUGUAGUCCGUAGUGUACUCUGAUCUGCUGAGCGUGUACUGGUCUAGCGUGGAGUCGAGCGUACUUUGUAUGUAGUGCUGUGCUGGACCACCUGGCGUGCUGCUCGCGUGCAAUCCCCACGACAAGUGCGCUAGUGAAAGCAAUGAUUGACGUUUGCGGCUGACUCUCCUCUGUACUCCUCCCCGUGGUGCUGGACUGCUCUUGUCCCGCUGCGUGAGCCUUGAACGAAAACGUUGUCGUUUCUGAUUCUGGAAAGGUUGAGCGCGACAGAGACGCUGUCAGGUCGAUUCGCGUUGAGUGCAAGCAAGGAGGUGAAUUGAGCAAGCCUGGACGAUGAUCGCUAGUCGAAGUACACGCACGUCGGGUCUGACGACGGCCUCAUCUACCCCAUGUUUGCUGAACGACGCUGAAUCUCUUCUAGCGUCCAGCGAGGCAGACUUCUUCCAGAAGCAAGUGGCCGCUGCGGCGCACGUCGCAAAGGCCAGCGAGGCAGCGACGGGAUGUCGAGAGGGACUGUGUCCUGACGGAUGCGUCACGCUGAAGUGUGUGGUGGUCGGAGAUCAUUGCGUUGGAAAAACGACGCUGCUGUCUCGCUAUGUGCUCAAUGAGUUCCUGGAGGAUCACAAGCCCACGGUGCUGGAUAACUAUGCAGUGCAGCUGAAUGUGAACAAUCGACCAAUCCAGUUGUCCAUCAUGGACACAGCGGGCUUGGUGGAUUUCCGGACAAUCCGACAGCUGUCGUACAAUCACGUCAGCAUCUUCCUGCUGUGUUUCAGCGUGGUGCAGCCGCAGUCGCUGCAGAACGUGCUGGAGGUAUGGCUGCCCGAGGUACGUAAGCACUGCCCCAACGCUCCCAUCCUCCUGGUCGGCACGCAGUUGGACCUACGCUCGGAGCUGACCGUGUUCCGACAGCUGCUGGAGCGUGAGGAGCAGCCUGUCUGGCCCGAGCGCGGUCGCAAGUGGGUGAAGGUGCUCAAGCUGGCCGGCUACUUUGAGUGCAGCGCCAAGACCGGCAACGGAAUGAAGGAGGUGUUCGACGAGGCCAUCUGGAUCGGCCUGAAGCGACACAAGCACAGCAAGGGCUGGCUGUCGGAGAAGUCCUCGCGGAAAGUGGAGCGUCGCCACAGCGAGAUCUCCAGCGACGACGACACGCGUCAUGUGACGUGUAUGGGACCGGUCGGUGGCAGCGGCGGCAGAGGACGUAACGUGGCACGUAUGGUGAACAGCACGGCGACGACUAGCUCCGGGGAUAGUUCCACCAGUGCGUUCAGUGGCUGCAGUGCUGACAGCGCAGGCAUUGUCAUUGGGCCCAGCAUGGGCAGCUUCAGUAGCGGCGGUGGUGGCGGCGGUGGCGAUGGUGGUGCCCAUGGUGGUCGUGGGGUCGUGCGGAGGAUUGCGAGAAUCUUCUCCCGAGGUUCAGCGGGUCAUAAUUCAUUGGCGUAGUUACGUUUGUCCGGCUGCGUGUGGUUCGAACGUGUACAUCCACUCCUACCACCAAACAGGAACUUCACUCUACUCCGCAGUAUUACAUAGAACACUCUCUGCUUACCUCAGCUCUGAAAACGGUCAUGUGACCUGGCCGGAGGGCGCCAAUUAAAGCCAUGUCCUGAAAAAGACAUCCGAUUCGUCCCGUGACCUGCCAACAAAACUCACUGCCGACCAUUAGCUCUUCCACUCAUCAUGCAAGGUUUUGCCAUCACCGUCAGUUGAUCACAGGCACUAAAAACAUCUUGAACACACUCCUUCCCCGAACAUUCUUUCUUGAGGCUUCACACAGUCCGAGAUGAAAUGAUGAAAGCCGUCAAUUGCCUACUUUUGCGUACUGUAGCAUGUUGUCAAGCCACACGGUAAAACAGAUUUUUAAUUCAGAUUUUAUCCCUCACUCACCUCAACAUCUAUAUAUUCUCACGUGUUGACUGUUGAUCGACUCUCCACGCUCUCACACAUGCACACACAUACACACACACGGACGCACACCGGUACCUGUCGCGACCUGCCUCAGGCGUGAUAUCGAGACAUUCACUUCAGAGUGCGUCAAAAAGUACGCUACACAUCCAGUCUGAAUAUUGAGUAAAUCUAUUCCGUCUUCAUUUCCCUAUGAGAUGCAAGUUCACAUUUGACAAACAGAAUGUAUUUUGAAAUCUUUCUUAUCAUAGUAAAUACCACCUGAACUAAAUUCUAUUGCAAGGCAUUUUCCAAUUCUGUAUGUUGUCCAGUCUGACAGAUGACGUAUGGUCUUUUAAGGCCACCCUUCCUUUACUUUUAGUAAUGCUCAUUCAGUUCUUGACUCCUUGCACAUUCUAAUUGUACAACACAGUAUCAGGUAAAAGGUUAUCCAAUCCAACACACAAAGCGUGCUCAUUUCAAUGCGAGCUUUGUGAAGUUCAUGAUUGCACGCCCGGCAACUUUCCCUUGGUCCCGGUAUCUUUAGCUUUUAAACUUAAA